UAAACAGCUGAGACAGGUUGAAAAUAAAUAUUUCUACACAUUCGUCUGUGUCUGAGACUAGUUCAUUUUGACAACUUUAUGUGGAUUAUAAACAAAAUUGAAGACAAAAAUGGAUAAAUUAACAAUGAUUAGUGCUACUUUGUUUCUUGCCGCUGACGUUUUUGCAAUAGUCAGUUUGGCGAUGCCUGACUGGAUUGUAACCGAAGAAGCAGGUGAUAUACGUCUAGGAUUAAUGUGGACUUGUAUGACGCUAUAUAACCGAUCACAAGUAUGUUAUACACCUGAACUACAGCCAGAGUGGUUGGUGGCGCUAGUCUGCAUAUUCAUAGGUUGUAUUUGCAUUACCACUACUGUAAUACUUUUGGCAUCCAGUAGUUGGGAUCGGAAUGUUAUACCAUAUGCCCGUUGGGUCGGUUUUACUGCUAUGGUUUUAUUCUGCUUAGCUGCGGUAGUUCUUCCAUUAGGUUUCCAUGUGGAAGAGAUCGGUGGUCAAGCUUACCAACUUCCUAAUACCUACAAAAUUGGAAUUUCAUAUAUUUUGUUUGUAUUAGCUCUAUGGAUAACAGUGGUAUCGGAGUUGUUUGCAGGAAAAGUAUGUUUGCCGCAUUUUUAACAAAUGUAGUUAAAAUUUUAAUGGGAA